AUGAUUAAUGCAGAGAAGGAAAGAGGAACAUUCGACAUGUUCAAAUAUUGUGAAUUCUAUUGUGAACAAGACGUUAACGUGUUAAGGGUUGGAUUCGGUGCUUUCCGUUCUGUUUGUCUUCAGGAACCCAUAAACAUGGACAUUUACAAUAUAACAACUGUUCCAAGUUUAGCCAAUAAGUUUUUAAAUCGUGAGGUGUUUUAUCCUAACGGUAAUUUAUACGAAAUAUCAGGAAGUGUGAAGGAAUACAUAAUGGGUGCAAUUUAUGGUGGGUGUUGCAUGACUAAAAAUAAUAAAAGAUAUGUUGUAAAGGAUAAAUUGAAUGACUUUGACGCAUGUAGUUUAUACCCAUCAGCAAUGAAUAGACUAUUCACAAUUGAGGGAAAGCCAGAAAUUAUAAAUGAAUGCUUGAUAGAUGAUAAAAUUUAUGAUGACAAUAAUCCCCACCCUUUAUUAGUUCGUGCUUUCGAUGAAGACCAAACAGAACCAACGAAAGAUAAAGAUUUGAGUUAUUUUGUGGUGGAUAUUGAAAUAACUAAUGUUGGAAAAAGUAGAGACUUUCCGUUAAUUGUUUUAAGAGAUGAAAACGGAUUAAACAGAAACGUGAAUGAAACAGGAUUUAUGAGGGUGGAUAUGAUAGCGCUUCAGGAUUUGGUAAAAUAUCAGAAUAUUAGUUAUAAAAUAUUGGGUGGCUUAAUUUGGAAAGGUAACAGGGACCAUAGAAUACGAAACACCAUUAGAAAAAUUUAUGAUUUAAGGAGAGUAUACAAAAAAGCCGAAAUCCGAUGGAAAAAAUAUUAA